GCUUUCUCAAGAUUUCGACUUUCGACUACAGUACUUGGCAGUAUGGAUAAAAUGAAUGUGGCUCCGAUCAACAACGCGCUAGACGAUGACAUUUUAAUCUUGAUUUUUUCUGGUGUCGCGGCAGCAGAGAUAAAGCGUCCAGCGGUACGGGCCAUCUUAAAGAUGUCUUUUGUUUGCAGACGAUGGAGAUACGUCGCGCUCUCCUUUCCUGAGCUAUGGACUGACAUCGACGUAUCUCUAAAUAGUCAUCGGCCUCUUGUGUGGCACAAGAAAUUUUUGGAACUGCAGCAAUUUAAUUCUUCGUUUUACCAAAAGGAGCGACAGGCUGCCAGAAUUGGUCUGCUCAAUCUCCGACUGCACCGUGCAGGGGGUUAUAAACUCUCCGUCACAGUGCAUGGCAGUGACCUUGAACCUUAUGUCUCGCCAUGCAUAGAUCUUAUAAGUACCAGAGUCGAACGAUGGAGAAACUUGGAUGUAUUGUCGUCGUCAUUGCCCUCCCGACACGUCUCCUGGCUCAUCCAAGGUAUUCCCUCCUUUGAUGGCCCCGAGAGUCUCAGAGUGGCGGACCAAUACCUCAAACACUUCUACCGACUUCGAGCAACAGAGCCAACUAUGCCUUUGCUAUGCACCUUCCAUACGCGAGUCAAUCCCCUCCACGCAAAGUUCCCCUCAUCGCUGAAGAUGCUCCCACGUCUCGGAGUCUGGAGCGCCAACGUCGACACCAUCAUCUGCGAGAACUACCUUUGCUGGUUCCCUCUCUUCAGAAAUGCCCUAAAUUUAACAAUCACUACCACAGUAAAGCGGAGAACCGAAGACACCGAAUCCAUGCGCGGCAUGUUGCAGAUGCCAGGCGUCCACCAAGUUGAGAAUAUCACCAGCUUGACCUUAGACAUUAAUGUGGAUACGCACGACAUUCGCUGGCUUGGGGAGCAUUUCUGCUUUCCUAAUCUCAUUCAUGUCAAGAUAUCUUAUCACAAAGAUGGCAGGUAUGGACCUGAGGGAGAUGCUGCGCAAAUGAUCUACAUGCGCUAUCCCUUCAUAGCCGCAUUUGUGGAAAAUCUGCUCCAAUUCUCCCCUUCCUUAUCCUCACUCAUCCUCGAUAAAGUUCCCAUGCGAAUGUCCCAGGUCCUAGAGCUCCUUGGGCCACUUACUAGCCUUAUCAGGCUUGUCAUUCAUGAACCUCUUCCGUGCCGCUACGGGACACCCAUCGAACCUCUGUUCGCGCCGUACUACCCCAUCUCAGGCCGCUUCAUUGAGGUACUAUCAAACGAUGCGUACUUCGUACUUCCUGCCUCACCUGAAAUCGCUGGAAUUCGUGUGGCGGCACGAAGUGGAUGA